AUGGCGCUACUCGCGGACAAGGUGGUGUGUAUCACCGGGGCCUCGCGGGGUAUCGGGCGUGGCUGCGCGCUCGCCUGCGCGAAGCACGGCGCGACCGGGCUCGUCCUGCACUACUUCGGCGACGACGCGACGACGCGCGAGGUGGAGGGACUCAAGGCGGAGAUCGAGGGCGCGUUCGCGCAGUGCAGAGUCGUCUAUGUCCCCGGGGACAUCGCGAUGCGGGAGACGUCGCUGAAGGUCGUCGAGGAAGGCGUUAAAGCCUUUAGCCGCAUAGACGUCCUGGUCAGCAACGCAGGCAUAUGUCCAUUCCAUGAAUUCUUGACCAUGCCGCCUGAGAUAUGGGAGCGCACGCGAGGCGUCAAUCUGGAUGGGACUUUCUUUAUCACACAAGCUGUCGCGAACCAAAUGCAGAAACAGAUUCCCCAGGGAGGCUCCAUCAUCGGCAUCUCUUCGAUAUCAGCCCUAGUGGGUGGAGAGUAUCAAGUGCACUACACUCCCACCAAAGCCGGGAUUUUGUCUCUCAUGCAAAGCACCGCGGUCGCCCUCGGAAAGUACAACAUCCGCGCGAACGCCAUUCUUCCCGGAACGAUCGCGACGGACAUCAACAAAGAAGACCUCGCAGAUAUCGCCAAGCGCGAGGGCAUGAUCAAACGAACGGCACUAGGGCGGCUCGGAGGUAACUUUCCACUACUAACUCACCUGCAACCUGAUGACAUUGCGGGACCCGUGGUCUUCUUGGCCAGCGACCUUUCAAAGUACAUGACGGGUUCUCAGGUGUUGGUGGAUGGUGGUCUUUUUGUCAAUCUCCAGUAA